UAGCUGACAUUCCUGGAUUGCAGCACUUCACUUUAAAUUCAUAAGACAUCAUUGUUUCUCCUUUUUGCUGUGGGCUUGUUUGGUGAUGAGUGUCAUUACAGUCCAGUGUGUGAAAAUGGUGACAGCCAACAUGUUACUGAGUUUCUUCUUUGUUUCAGGUGCUUUGGCUGAUUGUCCUCAUCAUCCAGCCCUAUUCAUUACUGCACCAAAGAACAUGGAAGCACUGAAUGGAUCUUGUCUGCAAAUCCCAUGUACCUUUCGUGCUAAAUCUGAAGUGGAAUUCAAUAGCACAGGCACAACCUUUGGCGUGUGGAUUAAAAAUAACCUUGAUUUUGGUAGAUAUCCACACAAUGUGAUUUUCAACAGUAGUGGGACAGUUACCACCUAUCUGUUGAGUAUUAAUGGAAAUCUGAAUCAGAAAAACUGCACCACUUUAUUUUCCAGUGUAAUCACAAGUUACACAGACACAUACUACUUCAGAAUUGAGAACUGGCCAUUUGUGUCAACAGCUGUUUGUGAUCCUCUUCAAAUAACAGUUAAAGAUUCUCCUCCAAGCCCCAGAAUUGAGAUCUCAGGUGAUCUGAAGGAGAAGGAGUCUGUCACUAUAACCUGCUCAGCUUCCACUCCCUGUCCACACUCCCCUCCUAAACUCACCUGGAAUCUCCAACAAGACCCUCACAACACAAUAGAGGAAAAAACAGAUCGAACCUUCACAACUAAAAUCCAGGAGACCAUCACUCUGUCAGACAAACAUGAUGGAGUCACCAUCACCUGUUCUGCCACAUAUCCUGUGGAUGGAGGAAACUAUAGGACAGCAGAGGACAGAAAGACUCUUAAUAUUCCAUACUCUCCCAGGGACACCUCAGUGGUCAUCAGUCCCACUGAUCCAGUGUCAUUUGGCAGUGUGGUGAACCUGACUUGCUCCUGUAGAGGAAACCCUGCUGUUGUCAACUUUGUGUGGUUCAUGAUCACUGAUGGCAGACUGGAAAUGAUCAAAGUUGAUACGCAGGUUUAUGGCUUUAAGGUGACCAACAGUGAUCGAGGCAGAGUGUAUUAUUGUGGAUGCAGAAAUGAUCUCGACAUUCAACUCUCAACAGGACGUCAGCUGAUAUUUGAAGAUGAUCAACAGUCUGAAGCAGUUAGUGUUGAAGUUAUAGUGAAGAUCCUGGGAAUCAUAAUGCUCAUCAGUACACUGGUCAUCUUUGAGUGCUGGUUUAGAUCAAGACAAUCCACCAAACCAGUGAAGGAAUCCCUACACCAUUGCACGAAAGACCCCAGCAACCAAAGCAAGGAUGCAGGAGACGCAGUCUAUGUCAACAGUACGGUGACGUUACAGCCAUGAUGAGCCAGGAGGAGAGGAGGAAGAUGUCUUGUUCUCUACAAAUACAACGACAUACUGUAUAGUUGAGUCUGUACUCACUUAGUCUCACUGUGCCAGUUACAAUAAAGUGUAGAUUUUCUCUGUAGAUUUGCUAAA